CAACAAGGUACAUGUACAUGUAACUAUGGUAUGGUAUGGUAUGGUAUGGUAUGGGCAACGGGUGAGGCAGCCAGUUGCGGUCAAGCAGCCUGGGCUUCUGCCUCGUCUGAGUCGUUCUGGAGCCUUGGGGUCUGUGGUUUUGGGGGUUUGGUUUGGGAGUUCUGGGGCGUCUGGGUUCUUGCUGGCGGUUUAGCCAGUGAUAGACACGUUGUGUUGUGUGCCUUGCCCAAGCGUCGUCUGGCCGCUUGUUUCAUUUGUCCAUCGGGAGGAGGGUGAUUGGAGAGGUUCUGGGGGGUGGGUGUUCUCGUUAUCUUUUGGUCUGGCAUUGAUGUGUUUUCGGGGCAAUAUAUUUUUUUGCCGCAUUUUAUAUAUCCACAUCAUCUCCUGCUUAGUUGCGUGAUUUGACUCUCAGAUGACUGGUAUCGGCGAGUGACUUGAUCAUACCGUAUGAUACCAUACCGAACGGAGCUUGUAUUUCGCCGAUAUGCGGAGACUCUGUCCCGUCCGCAAGUCAGCAUAUCCUAUUGGUUAUACCUCCGGUCUACGCAAAGCCAUGAAUUACAAGUGGUAUUAUGGGCCAUAAUGCACGGUACAAUACCCGGUAACAUACGAUGACAACCACCACGGCCAAAGCAUCUACUUGCGGGUAUAAACAUCUGGCAAAACAAAAAGGCAAAGACGAGGACGAAGAACAACACAACAACAUCAUCAUCAACAAUAGGUAUCUGGAAUAUUCUGGGGAUUGAGUGAUUGACAGUAGACCCAGGCAGAACUCUCCAGGUCUGCAGCACCGCAUCCUCUCCGCAGCAGAAUAAAUACACCACCCUUGUUGUGACCGUGCCAGUUGUGGUUGGCGCCGUCGAGUCAGCUGUUGUGCGUCACUCCAAACUUCCCCGUCUCGGUCUCCCCCAAACUUUCUCCUACUACACUACUACUACUAGUUACUACUACUACCACUCACCUCCCAAACAACCCAUCCUCAACCUCAUCCUCAACUUCAACCUCCACCCUCCCACGCCACAACCCCUCGCUCCUCCUACUAGCAGCUCGCCGUCUUCCUUCUCCCCUCCCUUUUUUGAACAAGUGGUAGUACUCCGGAAGAUGUGCCACUAAAGUGCUAUUCCCCCACAUUGGGAGGAAUCCACCGCACAUCUUCCCGCUCCUUGGGUCGAUUUAAUAUCUCGAGAUCCAGUUCUCCCCUUUUCCUUGAUUCCACUCCCUGUAACAGCUCCAACCCACCCGAUAUCUGCCUGGAUCGCCUGUUUCCUGAGCUCCUCCAUGCUAUCACAAUAAUGUUCCCUGCACCGGGCUGCGUUCUCGCCCUUGUCAAUUCCGACUAGCUAGCUUUAAGCCGUGCCCUCAUACAAGGCUAUCCGCUCGAUUCAGCGAUCAGCUACUAGCUACCGGCUACCAGCUAUCUCCAGCACACCCCUGCGAAUCAACCUAGUGUUGCCUGCGUAUGUUGUCAACUAUCGUUAACAUGGACAGCUGCCAAACGCAGAAGCCCGAUACCUUUUUCCCUCCUGCCUGAAAAUAGUCCGCUUUUUCCUCACCUCACAUAUAUACCUCCCUUCUUAUCUCGACGGCUCCAUCUUCCUAACCCUCAGGCGAACCCUAAACCUCCAUCAAGCCCAACGGGAAUCAAUAAAAUACCCAGUCUCGAGAUUCCCAGUCGAACUACCCUGAGGACCUUGACGGUUCACCUCUCAGAUAGCUUCGGACUUCGACAUACAUUCCAACCCCCAAUUCUUUCUUGCGAAGUCACCUUGAAAAAAAAAAAAAAAAAAGAAAAGAAAAGAGAAGAAAACGAAAUGCAUCAACAUCCUCGUCCUCCGCCGACUACGGCGGCGUCUGCCAAUUCCUCCAGGGCCAACCCAGCUCGCACAAACAACCCUCUGGGUCCAAGUGCAGAGUCGAAUACAUCACAAGCUGAGGUCCCAUCUAAUGUAGCUCCUGGCAGAGAGAUCGUCGCCAAGUUAAAUCAGAUCGUUCAACAAUAUCAUACGAAGGCUGCUUUGAUCAUACUGCACUCCCGAGUCGAUCUUCCCCCCGCGUACAACAAAGAUUCGGAUAUAAAGAGGGUAAAUAGAUGGUUUAAUGUUGAACUGGAGGAAACCGAUGUUCUUCGAGAUGACCUACGGACGUGGAAGUCCUGUGACACCACCGACCGUCGCCCUCCACCGAUGGUUAUUGAGACCUACCUUGAUCCGGAUGAGUUGACACACAACCAGAGCCUGGUGAUUCUUGAUGGCCAUGGGAAACGCUGGGAUGUUCUCGAAGCUCUUGAUGCCUCGUUUUCUUACAAGGGGUCUCAGGAUACUAGAUAUAGUAGAGUCAUUCUAGAAAGGUGGAAAGUUGAGCUUGGGGAUGCAUCAAGUGAUCUACCCGCCGAUCUCGGCUCUAUACUCCCAACUCUCUACAAGAAAAGCAUCGUACUCUUUAGAUCUCUUUAUACGUAUUCUCGCUUCCUCCCUGCUUGGAAAUUCUCCACACGCCAAUCAACAAUGCGAUCGAACCCGAGCCUGCCUAUCCGCUAUAGAAUAUACAAAGGGUCCCGGUCAGAAACUCAUCCGGGGCUCGACCCUUUGAGCGUCCCGUUCUACGAUGACGCUGGUAAAACCACGGAGACUUUCGUCUUCGGCGUCACUGAAUCACCUGCAGGCCCAUUUUCCGUUCAAGUAACAUAUCGGUUGAACUGUGAUUUCAGGGUAGAUGACUCCGAAGCGUUAUUGAGUUCUAGGUUCAUGGGAGCGGACGACACAUACUUUAGACCCUCUCUGCCCACUGAGGAUCACUUCCCCGGCGGAACAAACGAAGCUGGAUCCCUACCUGUUGCUAGACGAGAAAAUGAGCGACCAAACAAUGCCCAAGCCUAUGGAAGUUUAUCGACUUUCCAUCAUGAAGUUCCUGCAACGGGGGUCAGUCCAUUAUCAGCCCUUCGCGCGGCUAGGGAGCUUGGAGCUGGGUUGUCUGGAUCUCCGAUAUCACCUCCUUCGCCCAAGCCUGGACAGGCAAGGCCAGGUAUCUACCCUCGAGACGGUGUCCAUUCUGCCCAAAGAAAACCUUCGAUUUCAUUCCCCCCUUUCAAAGCUCCACCUCUUUCCGCGUCUCCGUCGCUUGCAGAUCCUGCCGUUGGAUCCCCCCGAAGUGCAUCUGUUCGCACAGGGCCAGUGAACGUCCCUUCCGAUAGCAAGACCAUGCCCCCUCCUGCUAGUGCUGCAUCUGUCACACGAAAAUCUACUUAUGUUUCCUCUGACAACGCCAUUGCCUCGUCAGGGUCUGGCUCCCCUCGACCUGCGCCUAUCUCCAAGUACACCAGUUCUUUCACUCAUCGAAGAGGGAGAUUGUCAUCUGGUGGAAUAAGCAAAACAGAUGAUGAUAAUACCUCGAGCGGAAGGGCUAGUGCUACGUCGUCCACCGCCCAACCUAGCUCCGGAAUCAUUGCGGAACCGGGAGGUGCCAGUUCUGGCUCUUUGCACGGAGAUGAAAGUAAUAUCGGGGAAUUCCUCAAGAUGCUUGACAUGCGAAAGGAUUUACUAAGCCCAUCCGAUCCCGCUACCAUGGAUGCAUCAACCCGGAGGACUGCGGUUGCUCUCACGCGAUUUCAAAAGAUGAAGGAGUCAAACGCCGUGUUGUCUGAUUCCAUGUCGUCUUCACUCGUACUCCACCGGUCAUCUACCUCGUCAAGUAGGCAGCUCCCCAGUGUUCCACCCAUGAUUGCUGGCACAUCGAUCUCGACAGCUUCGUCUCCAGGAAAACCAAUUUCACCGCAUACGCCACAUACGCCUGCCAUUCCCUCCCGUCUCAGCUCGAACAGUAUAAUUGACUACUCCCACCAGGAUCGUCCAGACAACCGACGCCACCGCCUUUCUCAUGAAUCACACGGAUCGAUGCUGGAGGAAGCACCCACCGAAGCACCCACAACGGAACCCACCGCACCUAAUUCUAACGCCAAUGCAAUUGACAUCCCCACAUCUCCUCGCCCGUUCAUUCCUAGCUAUCGACGUUCCAGUUCUGCUGCUCAAAGAAGGUCAAGUGCAGCCCUCGAGGAUGAGACAGCCGAUUUCCUGCCUUUCGGAAUGAGAAGUCUAAGCCUCGGAGCUGAAGAUAGAUCACCUCUCAGCCUGAGCGCUCUGGUACGCCAACAAGAGCUGGACAAUGAUGCCGCUGCACCUGAUAUGCUCCAAACCACCCAACGUGUGUGUGACGACUCCAACAACUCUGACGACGUUUCCACCUCAACUAAGUACCGUGCACCCAGCACCACCUCUAAUCAUCCAUACCAGCCGCGAUUCUCACAUCAGCGCGGCCGAGGCUCCACAGGACAUGCCCAUUCGCAAAGCUCAGUAUCCAGCAGUCUAGGGCGCGGGAACGCCCUUCCCUCAUCCCACGGGGCUGAGCGUGAUCGGGACGCCUACCAGGGCAGCGGCAGCAACAGCGGCAUGUCCACCAAUACCGACUCACGCCGUGGGCUGGGCAGCGGCGGUGGAUCCACACAACGGUUCAGUUUCACCCGCUACCAUGGCCCACCAUCAGCCAGUAAUUUGGAAGACGAUGAACCACUUCUCUUUACCAUGAGUGAUUUUGGUAUUGCACGGGGUAGUCUCGAUGGUGGGGGGAGGGGCAGUUUAAGUGGGGCUGAUUCAUCAGGUCCUGGUACCGGUAUUAGUGGGUCGAGACGUGGAAGUGGACGACGGGGACCUUCGAGCGGUAGCGGGUUUCAUGCUUGGCAAUAAUUGAAAGAGAGGCGGACACUAUUCAAUAAUGUUUCUACGUCCGUGUAUAGCUGCGAACAGCGGCCGCGGAAUUGUUUUUAAAGACUGUCACGAACGGGGAAGCAGAAGAGUCCUGGAACCCCCUCUUAAAAGCCGGAACUACUCAUCACUUGCACUUGCACAUGUGUACCCCUAACCUACCCGCCCUGCGCUAUGCCAUCCAUCUCGGAUAUAUAUUCCAAUUUUUCCACCAACAUUUCUUUUUGCUGACGCGAGUUCAAUGUUUCCAGCUACACAACCAACCCAAACGACACUCAUAACCAACUCGAUUGGACCUUCAAUCAUCUCUCCAUCAUGCAUAUAACAUGCGUGCGCGGCUGUAGAUUCCAGCUAUAUAACCACUAUCCCACCCUUUUUAUUCUAUCUUCGAUAUCAUUCAUCAUACGUUUUCUCUUUUUUGGAGGUUUGCUUGGCCAUUCGGUGUUUCUAUUUUCCAUUAUCAUUUUCCAUCUAUUCUGAAACUUAUCUAGAAUUCCCCUUUCCUCUCAGUACCAACAAGCGGCGCUUUCAUUUCAUUUCAUUUCAUUUCUAUUAUGUGUGUUUUGUGAUUUUAAUCACAUAAUAAUUGGAUUUCUCAAGCCAUUUCUGUUUUUUUAAAGCUCUCUAUCAGACCAGCUAUUGCUCUUUUUUAAUUUUUAGCUGAUUAGCUGUGUUUUUGUGACUUUUUGUGACUUUUUGUUUAUGAUCACUCAUACUGGCUGGCCUCUUAGCAUUUUCCUUUUACUUCAUUUGAUAUCUCUGAUAUAGGAGAUGAGAGAAAUGGGAAUGAAGAUGAAGAAUAUCAAGCCGUAAGGCGCAAAGUUUGAAUAUAUUUCAUAUAUUAUAUCUUUCAUUAUAUAUCUUAUAUUCUGUUUUCCACUCCUCUCAUUUUACUUUUUAAUCAUUUUUUCUCUUUAACAAAAAAAAUUCCUCUCUUCACAGGUUUUUUCUUCUCAUGGUUAUCUAAAACAUGCAGCUUUUUUUUUUUUUUUUUUUUUU